GGCAGCGGCUGGCUGUCCGAACACUUCCCCUUGGCCGUCCCGGCUGCAGUAAUGAACUAGGCACUUAGGAGCGAGGCUUUUGUCCCAGAGGCGCGAGAGAGGGAAGCAUUCCCUUUCUCAGCACCAAAUCGGGCGAAGGGGGCGACAGCUGCCGCCUGCAUUCGUCGCUGGAGAUGUCUGGCGGGAGUAGUCGGAGGAGAGCCGGUUCUUCCUGGCACAGCAGCUUCUCCCGACUUUUUAACAGGCGCUCAUCCAAGGAGCAAGAGGAGGAGGGCAAAGCGGACCCCCCGCGUCAGGGAGCAGACAGCUUUGAAGUUAAGGAAAAUGAAUCUACCAGUGUGGCAUGUCAGAGAAAGGAAAGUAACCUCCCAGACCUGGCAAAGAUUUCAGUCUCUGAAAAUAAGAACCUCUCCACAGAAGAACUAAGCAGGUCUUCCACAGAAGAACUAAGCAGGUCUUCGACUCGGGAAGAGUUAAAAAAAGCAAAUAGUCUUCCCAGUUUGGCUCACGAAGGCAAGACUGCCAGUGAUGGUAGACAGCCCAAAGAAGGAUUUUUCCAGUUUCUUGGGAAUUUAUUUGGUAUUGCUUCCAAGUCAUUGAAAGAAGCCGAACCAUCCAUAUCUGGAGAUGGCAGUAGCAGAACUGGGAAGGACUUUGAAAGCCCAGCUAUCCAUCAGUAUGGUACACAUCCUGAAUCAGAAACAGUUGCCUUUUCAGUGUCUGGAAAUGUGUGUGGGGUAUCAGCUAAAGUUGAAGGGAACACCUGUUCUGACCUGCAAGACUUACAGGAAGCACAGGAAAAAGCGGCUGAAGUAUCAAAAAAAACAGACUGUGAGCUGGGCGCACCUGCAGUUACUUAUGCAACUUAUCGAGGCUCAGCAAGAAUUAAGCAGUUGCUUAAGAAGCAAGCUGAACUGGAGCAAAAAAAGGAAGCUCCAACCAGCACUAAUAGUUCUACUGCCAAAAACAAUCAGCCUGCAGACCUUCGAGAAUCAGAAAGUACUGCAACAGAAGCAGGAUUGUCUUUAAAAGAAAAAUCAGAAUCUGAGACAAAAGAUGACAAAAAGAUUGCACAGAUGGAUACCUCGUUGGCAAUGAUAGGCCUGAAAAACAGUGCCAAGGAUGUCUUGGGUAGCAGUGACAGAGAACCAAAUAAUGCAAUUACUUCAUUGGCAGAAAUCGAAACCAUGAAAAAUUGCAUCAAUGAAGUAGUUUCUGUGAAACAUGCUUCAGCUUCCAAGACUCCAGAAGUUAAUAGAAAUCUUCUGGUAGAGCCAAUAUUGUUGACAAAGGAAGCAAGUUCUAGUUGCCAGAGUAUAGAUCUUGUUAGAGUGAGUUUGGCAGAUAACAGAUUGGUUGAAAAGGGAGAAGAGGUGUUAGGAGAAACACAGCUUCAGCCAAACAAUGACACCAUUGUUGAAUUUCAAAAAGAAAUGCAAUUUGGUGUUCCUUCUAAAACAGAAACACAGGAGUCAAUUCAGCAUGAACUUUCAUCUUACUCUGAAGUAUACUCUUUUCAUGAUGAACAACAGUUGCUAAAACACAAAAGUCCCUGUAAUAUUUGGGGUAAUGAUCAGUUCAAACUAAAAUCUGAGGAUCAGAUAUUGUAUUUAAAUAAUCAUUUGUGUAGUGGGCAGAAAAGUAGUAGUAUGACAAGUACAAGUGAAGAUUCACACAAACAUUUGGCUAAAGAGAAAGAACAAGCCCCACAAAUUAUUUCAUCAAUUGCACACUUGCCUCUCUAUGAACAAAGACAUAGAGAAGAAUUGAAUGAUGUGGGAUGCAACCAAACUAGUGCAGUAUCAGAAGCUAUUGAUCUGUCUGCUUCAGCCCAGUUCCCAGAAACGAUUCAAGAGAUGAACAUAUGCAGCAAGAAUAGUCCAAACAACCAAGGAGCCACAGAGGCCGUGGAACUUACACAAAUCAAUCCUAACUUCAUGAUUUCUGAUACUGAAACUAACUGUGCUACCAGGGAGAAUGUUUGUAUGCCCUUGGUUGAAAGUGACCAUGUUGAAGUGGCAGUGGCACUGCCCAACUUUACUAAGGAGAGCAAUGCCAGCUCUUCUCUGAUAUCAGUAGACUGUGAAAAUGGGCAAAACUGUAAGCCAUGUGAUUUCUUAGAAACUGAAGGUAACAUCCCCUGUAUAAUCCUUAAAACCAAAGAUGGGAUCUGCCAUUAUCCUAGCUGCAGAAAUGAUGACACUCUGGUACAAAUGGCAAUCAGUUUAGAUGGGUCUCUUCUUCCUCUUAAACAUGGAACCAGUCCCCUUGAAUUUGAAAAGACAAAGCAUAGCAGCACAGGACCUCCUAUCAAUGCUGAGCCUUCACCUCUUCAAACUGAAGAAGUUAUGGUUAAUAACCCAGCUAUAUCUGCAGAAAAAGGUGAUCCAUUUGUCCAUGAAAUGACAGAUCAUUUUGAAAAAGGGAAGUCUCCUGCUGCUCCUGAAAUUGAGGAGAUUGUUAUGAUCAGUCUGCCUCCCAUCUCUCCUUCUGAAGAGGUCUCCUUGCCCAAGGGCUCCCCUCCUUCUGUGAAUCUAGAAAAGAACAAUUCUCCUACCGUUCUUUCUUCUACUUCGACAUGUGUCUUGGCCAGUAAUUUUUUAAUCUUUGAAGAUAGCGCCUGUUUGGAUGAUGUGUCUACACCUGUGCCUCAAGAUCAGAAUCUAUUGAAAACUUCAUAUUUCUUGUCUGAUGAUAAACAGGAAAGCACUAAAAAAUCUGCAGGGGCUAAUUUUGACAAAACAUGUUGUUCUGUCUCUACGUGUGAAAAUAUCCAAAUUAGUGAAACUUCAGAGCUCUGCAGACCUUUGAUCUCUCCUACUGCUGCUGAAUUUGGGAGAGCAGAUCAAAUUUCAUAUACGGUCCAGAAAUCUUCAGACAUUCCAGAAACUAGGGUUAUCUCUUACACUUUUGAAAAUGUUAACAUUGGGAAUGAGAUUUCGCUCUGCUCUAAAGAAACAGAGACAUCUGAAUCAUGUUUUUUGGGCUCUGGAUCCAAUCUAGGAAAAGAGAUCCUUCCUGUUUCAACAUGUGAAGAUGCUAAUACUUGCAAGCUUGCUUCUCCUACUUCCUGUUUUAAAGAUAUCUCAAAACUGUGUUCUCCUGACUGUGAAACAAUUGAUGUAUUAGGCAAAAUUCAUUCUUUUUCUAUUAAUUCCAAAGAUAGGAUCACACUUUCAUGUACUCCUAAAUCUGGUGGUCUGCUAGCUGGAUCACCAUCUGAAACUGCUUGCUCAGCCCCAUUUGUGGACUCAGUUACCUGUGAUGUAGAAACUGUACAUCCUGUAUCAUUGGUAUUAGAAAAGGCAUUGACAGUACAUCAAGAGGAAGAGAUUAAGGAAACUCCUCCUAAGCAAGAAAAUCUUUGUUGCCUUGUUGCUUCUGUUUCAGAAAACCCUGUUGAACUGAAUGAUAAAGCAAUUACUGCUUUGUUUACAAAAUCAAGCAGCCAGUUUUGUAACGAAGGACUGAAAGAUGUUGAAACAGGAAAACAAAUACAAAUUAGAUCCCAAGACUUGAGUGUUUUGUUUAAAAAGGCUGAUGAAAUAGUUGAUGAAGUUCUGUAUUUAGCGAUUGAAGAAAUACAAUCAAAGCAAGGAGUGGAUGUCUGCCAGAGUAAGGAUAUUAAGUCCAAUUUAUUGGGAUCCAGCUUUCUAAAAGAUCAGAAAAUGAGAAAAAUGUUGUCAGAACCAAAAAAAAUCCAGUUAAAGAAUUCGUCAUUAAAAUAUUUUAAUGAGACUUGUAGCAAAAGGUCUUCUGGAAUUAAAAAGAAAGAUACAGUUGACACAGACAUUCAAGGUGAAACUAUGCCAUUUGAUAUUGCUGAUAAAAUUGGUAUUACUGACAGAAUCAUUGAUGAUGAUGUUAAUGCAGCUAAACAUGAAGUGACAUACAGUCAGCAGGAAGAAAAUCUGAGCCAGGUCCCUUCCAGAACUACCAUACUUGUGUCUAAGACUGAAGCACCAGAAGGGCUGAUUAUGGAUACUAAGUUAACAGAUAAACUUUCUGAAACAACUAAAGAACCCUUGCUUUUAAACCAGGUAUAUCCAGCCGUAGUAUACAGCAUAACUGCUGAGUGCAAAAUAGCAAGCUCUUUGGUUUCUUGGGACAUAAUUGAUGACAAAGAAGUAACAAGAGGAAAAAUUGUACCAAAUAAAGUAUUUGCACGCCAAAACACUGGAGACAAAUGUAGUGAUUCCACAGCCAGCCCUGCAUCAGUAGGUAAAGACAAAAACAAUCAGGGUGUCAAUGGCAGCAGGCACAUGACAGAUGCUGGUGGCAAAGUGAAUGACUGGGCUACUGGCAAUAAAUCUGAUUGUUCCUUAGAUGCAGAAAGUGGAGAGACAGUUAUGACAAGACAACAAUUGCCAUCAAGUCCAUCUCUGCCAGAGAACGUGUCACUGCCAGCUAUCAACUCAAAUGUUCAUAUAUAUGCCCAUCUUUCUAAUAAAUCCAAAGGGGAAUAUAGGCCUUUAGAUUUUGGAAAUAACUUUGGAAAUGAGUUGUCCAAAUAUAGUCACAACUGCAGCAACCUCCUCUUCUUUGCAACAGAGGAAUCAUAUGGAAGCCCUUGUGAAAUAGACGGUGAAAAGGGUUAUGACAGAACAAAGAAAGAUUGCACAGAGUUGCAGAAUACAAGCAGUAUAUCUGAAUCAUCUGUAAAGAGCAGUUGUCCAAAGAUUGAAUCAAAUUUUGUCUAUGAAGAAGAAGAAAUAACUGGGAUUAUUAUGGAUGAUGUCAAAGAGAAAUCCCCGCAGUGUGUUACCUUUUCUUUACCAAAAGAAUGGGACCAUGAUUCUUCCUUCACUAUUUUGUAUGAAGAUUCCCUUCAAGAGGACAGCUGUUCAUCUGCAGAACCAGAGCACUCCUUUCCGUUACUUCCUGGCCUUUCCCUGAGUAAUAUUGAGCAUCUUCUGAUGUAUGAAGCAGCAAAGGGAAAGCUUAACUCUGGACAAACCUGUGAAGAUAGCAACCCAGUAAGUGAGAUGCCAGACAGUACUUGUUCAGAAUCAUUCAUGACAGUGGAGGCAAAACGGUGUAAAGUGUAUCCAUUCUCUCUUUCUCCCAUAUAUGAAGAUGACAGUCCACAAGAAGACUUCCAGUCCACAGACAUCUCUCCAGGAGGACAUUUUAGUGAAAAAUCAAGAGAAACCAAUAAUCCAUCCUCGUCUGUCUUAUCACUUCUGCAGUCAGUAUCUGAACAGUUAAAGUCUAGUAACCAGUAUGUUGAAGAGGAAGAGGAACUUUGUGAAGAAAAUGAACUAGAGGAUAACAAAGAAGCAUGUAUUCCAAGUUGCUGGGCAGGCAUCCCAAGUGCAGCAAUCCUAGGAAAUGUUCAUGAAAGAAAUUUGCUUUCUAGGCACUCAUAUCUUCUCUCUAAGGAUAAACUUGCUGUAGAAGGGGCCUCGCCUGUCACCUCAGCUCAACUGCAAAAAUGUGACCUUGACACUAAGCCUUUUUCCAGGAGCGUGUUUUAUGAUUAUUUACAGAAUGCAGGCAAUUACACAUGUGAGAAGGGAACAAGAUUUGGAAGUUUGCUAAUAACAAAGGAUCAUCAGACCAAGAACAACGAUUUGCAAAAAAAUGGAGAUUUUCAAGUGUGUCCCAUUGACAGAGAGAAACUUAGGUGCAAUCCAAGACCAGGAAAAAUGGUUAUUUGUGACCUUAAAGACCGCGAAAAUAAGCAUGAAAUUUACCAUGAUGAACUAGAUACUACAGCCUGGAUGUUUUCAAAAGAAGCAUUGGUCAGAGUUGUUAGAGGAUGCUGGAUGUUGUAUGAAAAACCACAAUUUCAUGGUCAGAACUUUGUUCUGGAAGAAGGAGAGAAGUUACUGGAUGGUAUCUGGAAUACUCACACUGAGAAUCAUCAACAAAAAUUCACAGUUGGUUCAAUCAGACAAAUAGUAAAGAAUUGUAGUGUUCCUGAGAUUGAGCUCUAUCCACAAACUGGCAAAGAUAAUUCUCCAGUCUGUAUUCAAAAUGCAGUUGCUAAUUUAGGAGAACUGGAAGUCAAAAGUCCUACUCUUCUUGUGAAAGCAGGAGUAUGGCUUGCCUAUUCAGAAGCAGAUUACAAAGGAGAGGUGAUGGUUUUGGAAGAAAAUCAUGAUCUAUGUGAAUGUUCAGCAGCUGAUGUAAAAUCUCUUUAUCCAUUGAAAAUGGGUGGCCUAAAAGUACAGAUGCCUAUGAAUGUUGUGAUGUUGAUUUAUGAGAAACCACACUUUGAAGGAUGGUGUAAAGAGUUUUCUGAAAAUAUUGAUUACGUUCCAGCACUAUUCAGAGAUGCUGAUGGUUUCCAAGGAAUUGGAUCAAUGUGUGUCAUUGGAGGAGUAUGGGUUGCUUAUGAGAAAGAACGCUAUAAGGGCCAGCAGUACCUGUUAGAGGAGGGAGAAUAUGAUGAUUGGCAGUCUUGGGAUGGAGUUAGCAAAGUCCUCCUAUCUUUUCGAUUUCUUCAAGCAGACUUUAUGGCAUCAGAAGUCACACUUUUUGAAAUGGAUGAGGACAAUGGAAGUCAGUUGAAGAUAGUAAAUCAAGAAAUACCUGACUUGGAUCAGGCUGGGUUUGGUCCCAAGACAAGGUCACUUAAUGUCAAGAGUGGAGUAUGGGUUGCUUAUCAGCAGAAGUACUUUUGUGGAGAGCAGUAUAUAUUGGAGAAAGGAAAAUAUAAAUGUUUCUUUGACUGGGGAGGACAUGAUGAGAGUAUCCUGUCAAUCCGUCCUAUUAAAUUGGAACCUCUGGAACACCAUGCACCCCCUCACUGGCUUAAAGCUUUCAGUAACACACAUUUCCGAGGACUGUGUAUGGAUAUUACAACAGCAAUUUCUGAUUUUGCAUCAUUCAAACCAUGUUCUUUUAAAGUUCUGCGGGGAUGUUGGCUGCUGUGUUACCCAGGGGAAACAACCAUGAACCAGUGUGUGCUAGAAGAAGGCCUUUAUACAGACCUUGCUUCCUGUGGUUGUCCAGUGACUGCAAUUGUGUCCCUCCAACCUAUUGAAUAUGUUUUUGCUGAAUCUUUCAUCAGCCUUUUUGGUUUAGAGAAUUGUGAAGGCAGAGAGUUUCAUUUGCAAGAAGCUGUCAGUUCUGUCCUGAAUAAGGAUCUUCACUUUCUUACUCAAUCCGUGUGGGUGAGAAGUGGGCAGUGGAUUGCAUAUGAAGGAAGCAACUUCUUAGGGAAGCAAUUUCUUCUUGAACCUGGCAAAAUUUUAAACUGGACCGAGUUUAGUGGUUGGAAAGCCAUUGGCUCUCUUCGUCCUGUAAAGCAGCCAGCCGUAUACUUUAGAAUAAAGAACAGAUCCCAAGAUAAAUAUCUGACCGUUGCUGGGAAUCUAAUAGAUGCAAGAGCUACAUCAGUUUGUCUUUCCCCAUUAAAUGGCAAGGAUUCUCAGAUCUGGCUCUACAGAAAUGGACUCAUCAAAUCCAAGGUUAACGAUGCUUGUCUUGAUGUCAUUGGAGGCAGAGAUGUACCAGGAGCUAAAGUAGCACUGUGGGUGGAACAUGGAAAAGCAAGACAAAAAUGGACACUCAACCAAGAUGGAGCCAUCAGCUCAUACCUCAGUGACCAGCUUGUUCUGGAUAUCAAAGGAGGAUACUACUACGACAGAAACCACAUUGUUGUAAAUCAGCUCAAUGUCAAUGAAUGUACACAGAAAUGGGACUUUGACAUAUUAUGAGCUCAGUUCAUGACUGUAAAGACAUUAAAAACAUGAAUCAACAUGACCUAAACUUACUCUUGAACAAACUACUUGAAGUCACACAACACUGGACUGCACAGGAUCUGUCUGACUUCAUCAUAUGUGGCACAGAGUCAAUGAUUAUCAAGCUUAUUAAAAAAACACCCUAGGUUAUGGAAAGUUAUAAACAGCGUUGCCAGAUGGGACCAGUGGCAGAUGUUACCAUGCUGACAAUGCAAUCUUUGCUUAUUUAUUUUGUGUUCUAAUUCUUUUGGUCCAAGUAAGGAUAGCUUUGUAAAAAUUUGGGCUAAGUUUUUUUUACCUCCUCCAGUUUUUAAAACUGCCAAUGGAAGCUCACAGAUUACUGCACUGUUCUCUUUAUGUUUAAAUAUCUUGUACUUGGAAGUUCACAAAUGAUUAGUCUCAGGUAAGCGUCAUCAGUAUACUUUAUGUACACUACUAUUUUGGCUUAUAUCAACUCUCAAAAUGGUAAUAAAACCAAUGUUGUAAGAACUGUAUCUGAAAAGGCAGUUUAUUUGUUGCUUCUGGGUAUCUAUCCUCAGGACAAUUCUAUUAUCUAUAAAGUAGAUCAAGAGUAUUCAGGGGAAAUUCUGUGACUAUUCCUCAUUUCCUUAUGCAAAACUAAAACACAGGUUGAUGGAGAAUAAUGGGAUUCUUGCAGCUGAAUUUUAUUCUUAGCGCAAAAGCUGUCUAUAUUUUCACAACUAGUGAUUGCAUUAGACCCCUCUGGUCAUUUUACCAGCCCAUAUUUGCUAUUAUAAUAGCAAGUACUUAUGAGCUGGGAUACUGAAAUUCAUCACCCUAAUUCUAUGAAAAGGUCUUUAAAUAAUUAGGCUAUUGUUUUAAUGCCCAGGAGGUGUGACUGAAUUUCAGGACAUUGGUUUUCAAGGUUGCAAGGGCUACUGAAUCAGAGUGCUAACGCAGGAGUUACCACUUUCCUCCUGCGCUGUUUCCCCAAUCUAAAUCCUCCCCUUUCCACAGCAGCUACUGUUUGCAUUCCUAGAAAAACAUUAUUUUUAUUACCACCAGUGGAUAUAGGUAGAUGGUAAAUAUUCUUGUGCUAGUGCUCUGAUCCAAUUAAGCAGAUUCAGCUUACUUUUCAGCAAAAAUGAAUCUGUUUUGCAACUCAGUCACAAAUACCUUGUCCAAUGUGUGUUUUGUCUCUGUUGUAUUCUUGCGAUAAUUGCACCUGUCACUGAAUUUCUUGAUCACCUCAAACUGCUAUCAGUAACUAAUUUAAUGGAUGGUUGUUUAAAAAUAAACUGCAAAGGGCCUGCUUGCACUCCGCAAAAAUUCAGCCUAACAUAAAAGCACUUUUAGUCCAAUUUCAGAUGGGAGAUAUUGCCUACUAGAAAGCACAUCAUUUUGUUUAAAAAACUGUAUCAGAAUUAAAGUCUUGUAAAAAACCUGAAUAUUUACUUUUAACGUUUAAAAGUAUGAAAAAUGAGCUGUUUACACCCUGUACACAGCUUGAGAAUUCCUGCAUAAAUAAGUUCAUACUUGGGUCUCUUCCACCCCUAAGGAAUUUUCCUCAUAUUUAGUAAUCUGAUCCAAGAUAGGCAUUGUGUUACUCAACUUGAAUGUUAAGUUGUGAUUUAAAAUACCAGUUCACAGGAUGAUGCUAUCACAACAUCAGAAAGGUGUGUGGUUGCAGCUGUUCUCUCCACUCCAAAGCAGGAUACAUUAAAUCUUUUUUUAAAAAAAGAAGGUUCCUGCCAGUCUGCUGUUUAUAAGGAGCAGUGGCAUCUUUUUUAGGCGGAGGCUCAUGCUCAGUUGUUCGAUUGCAAAAUAUGCAACUGAUAAUUGCCCAUGCUGGAGCAGUUGUUUCCUGUGUUGUAAUAAAAAGUACUAGCUACAAUAUGUCUUAAAUGUAACCUUGUAAAUAAAUGAAAUCAAGCUCAAUUAGCUGAAACAAAAAAAGCUAUUUUUUCUUUGACUUCUGAUUAUCAUAAAGAUUAGACUGUUAUAAAAAUGAUGAGAAAUCUAAAGCUGCAAGGUUACCGCCAGAAACUCUGUUUUUAUAUGAAGAGGUUGUAAUCUUAAGAAAUUCUACCUAAAUCCAGAUUCUAAGCUUCAGCUGUAGCUCCAACCAAGCAAACGUCAGACACGUGAAAACACAGUCUCCCAGGCCAUCAACCAUAUUUGUAGCAAACUGGAACAGGUAUACCAGCUCCUCCCUUAGGGCAGGGAUAUCUCAGGCUUCUAGUGUCUGACCAUAAACUACUGCAUUUGCUUCCACCUGUAAACACAGCAUUCACUGUGAGCUGUAUGGUGUCCAGUCACCAAGUACAGCCUACGUGAAAAUGCACUGCUGAAUAGGUGUUUGGAAUAUGCCCUAAUUGCACUUUAGAUUGUAAAAAUGUAUUUACUUUUUGCAGUUAUGUUGUUUUAUAAGUAAGUCUUUACUAAGGCACUUAGUAAUAGAUUAAAAAACUGUUAAAUAACAAACACAAUAACUUUGUGGUUUGAAGGCUAUGCAAUAUCAAGUGCACCUCAGUCAUUCUUAGUUAGUGUUAUCAGUGUUAUAUCUUGGAAGUCUGAUCCAGUCCCCUGUUCAAUGCUCUGGCAUUCAGACAGGGCUUGCAUAGAGAUGUUACAUGGAAGCCUACCUAGUCAUUACCACCCGUUCACUCAGUACAAGUUACUUUUCAUCUACAGCUCCGGUAAUCUCCACUGAGAAUAGACUGAGGAACUAGAUAGUGGAACUGGAUCAUGCUCUCAAGAGUUUAAUAAAAAUUUGUGAAUGUAUAUUAUGUUGUAUAGAUACUGCAGGGAAGAGGGGAAGAUCAUCGACAUUGUUCAUUUUUAUAAUAUCAAAAGGCAAUAAUUUUUACCAGCUACUAACUGAUGUUCCAAUCUUUCGAUUUUGCCAAAAAAGUGACCUUAUACAUAAUGUAUAUAGAGGUUAUGUCUCUGUACCACUGGAUUAAAACACUUUAAAAUAUA